AUGUGCUUGAAUCCUCAGACUCUAAUGAGGAUAAUGCAUGAUAAUUAUGAUGCUAGUAAUGAAGAAGAUAGUGAUUAUGAGGACGAUGAUAAUGAUGAUAUUAUUGUUGUAGAAGAUAAUGAUGAUGAGAAUGAUGAUGAUUCAGAAGCUGGUAAUAAAGAAGGGGCUGAUAAGGAAGAAGAUGCUGAUAAAGAUGAAGAAGAAUCAAUAGCUGACAUGGGAGAAGACUUCAUUCAGAAUAUGAACUCUCCUCCAAGGUUGAACAAACACUUUCAUUUUUCAACUGCUUCUUCAUCCUCUUCCUCUAUUGCUGACACUAUACCUCAUGGAUCAACCCCUCCUGUUGGAGAUACUACCGAUCCAAUGAUCCAAGUUGAACUUUCUCCAAAAACAUCUCCUUCUCCUCAAGUUGUUACUAUUCCUCAAGUUGAGAUAAUUCACCCUACGGAAACACCCAUUAUAAUUGUUUCUCUUUAUCACGGUGAUCAGGAAGCAUCCAGCUCCAAAUUUCAAAAUGGUAUGCUUUCCCAACUCUCUUUAAUUUUGCAUAUUACUCAUUCAAUGGAUAGAAGGUUAACAAAAGUUGAAAAGUAUGUGGCUAUAAUUAAGCAAUGUACAACUUUAGGUAAUGAUGAUUAUAUGGUUUUUGAUGACACCUUGCCAUGCUCUACAAGUGAUCAACCUCCGCCACCUCCACCUCCAUCAAUAAAUCUUCCUCCACCAUCAUAUUCCCCUCCGAUCACUCCUCCUAACUCUCCUCCCCAAUAUGAUGAUGCCAAAAAGCAGGAGAAUAAUCAAGAGAGUCCUCAGCCAAUGCAAAUGCAGAUGAUGAUUGCAUCUCAGCCUAAUAUGACUAGAAGUGUUGAAGCUGAAGUUGAUCCUCAAAAGCAGAUUGUUGUUAAUAAUAUUUCAAAUGCUGAUGUUGAUGUAAUAGUAGAUAAUCAGCCCAUCCCUAACUUUGGUGAUUAA